GGACAAUCGAUCGAAAGAUAAACGCGGCAACAUGAAAAAAUAUCGCAAAAAACCGCCAACACAACAGAAUAAUAACACCUCGUCCAGCUCACAGGUGGAGAUAGUACGUGGUGUAGUCGAUGUGGCCGAUUCAAGUGAUGAACGUUUUGUUUCACGACGCGGUUGGGCUACUUCACGUCCACAGCCACAAACACGACGCUAUUCGCUAGAUGAUGAAGAUAAUGAUUUGAAUGAAGCAGAAUCGGCACAAAUGCAUGCGGGUGAUUUCGGUUUAAUGGCACAAUUGCCGACAUCUGUGGGUGGAUAUUUCCAGUUCUCAUCUGAGAAAAACUGGGACACAGUGGAGGGUGAACAAUUGUUGGACAGCACUGAAGCUAGUCAGUAUUUUACAUUAAAUUUGAAAUUAUUAAAUGUUGGCUUGCAAACGAUACCGUUCUAUAAGCGCAUGGAUUAUGCGGCUUCCAUGUUUACGCGCGAACAAUUGCAGACGAUGGAAAAAGCUGCCGAGGUGGCAGAGAAGAACUACCAAAAUGUACUGCAUGAGCACAAGACAAAUCCACGCAUUAAAAUUAAUAGUGGUAGUCGAAAAAGUGGCUCCGGGCGUUCACAGAAUAGUGUUAAGCCCGCAAAUGUGGAACAAAGUGAAACUAAUGCACCCGAUGAAUUAGAUGAGCUGCUGAACUUAGCGACAGCUGCUGUUACAAAAGUGGACAUCAGUGGUGCUGGCGCUGAGAAUGAAGCGGCGCCUAUACAUAAUGCAAAUGAGAAUGCUGCCGCAAACAAGGAUGACAUACAGGAGUGGUUAGAUAAUGUGUUGGAGGAAUAGUUGAAGCAGAGAACGUAUAUCAUUAUAUUUGUAUAUUUUACGUUCUCUGGUUGAAGUGAGGACUAUGUCGAGAUGUUUUUGCAAUAUAAAUACAAAAUACAUUCGCAUAUAUACAUACAGUAUUUAGUAUGGAUGAUUGUUUUAAUAUAUACGCGGUUAAGGUAUAUAAAUGAAAUUAUACUUACCUUAAUUAUAAAUUUUUUUUCUGCAUCUCAAAUUUACUUAAAGCGUGCACUUCCGGCAGGUGUGAAAAAUAUUUAACGAUACAUAGAAACUCACUUGCUUAUCACAAAUCAAACUAUACAUAUAAACAUACCCAUUUUCUUGGGAAAAGUUUGACUUUUUUAAUUUAACAAUUAUCAAACAGUAAUUCGCAGCUAAAUUUCAUAUUACUUAGGAAUUGGACACUUGUAAGAGACUAUCAGAAUCAAUAUGUCAGCGUUUACAUGCAUAAAUUGCUGUGUAAAAUUUGCCUCGGCGGAUAUACAGCGGGACCAUUACAAAACUGAUUGGCAUCGGUUUAAUCUAAAACGUCGCGUUGCUGAACUGCCAGCAAUAAGUGCCGAACAAUUCCAAGAGCGUGUGCUGCGUAUGCGGCAAGAAAAGGCGAUCGAGGAGGAAGAGAGUCAAAUGAGCUUCUAUUGCAAUGCCUGCCGCAAGCAAUUUGGCAAUCAGAAAGCCCAUGAUAAUCACCUAAAUAGCAAAAAACAUAAAGAAAAUCUAUUGCGUUUCGAAAAAGAACAUAAAGGCGAAAGUGCAGAGAUAACGAAAAAGAGUGUAGUGCCACAGAAACCACAUCCAGCGUUAGUUGCAGCAGCACAAGGCAAGGGCAAAUUUGCAUUACAGAAACAACAACAGAAAGAAGAUGAAGAGGAUGAAUACGAAGAUAUGGAUGACGAUGAUGACGAAGACUAUGAGGUUGUGGAAGAGGAGGAGACUGAGCAAAUUGAUUCAGAUGAGUGGGAGAAACUGCCUGUAAAUCCGUUGAGCGAAAAGGACUGUCUUUUCUGCCCACACGUCAGCGAAGAUAUGGUUGAGAAUUUAAAACACAUGUCCAUUGCGCACUCAUUCUUCAUACCCGAUACAGAAUUCUGCACUGACUUAGAAGGACUGCUAAAUUACUUGGGCGAAAAAGUCGCAAAUUACUUCAUAUGUCUCUGGUGCAACGAUCGCGGCAAAACAUUCUAUACGCUAGAUGCGGUACGUAAACACAUGUUAGACAAAGGGCACUGCCAAAUGUUGCACGAAGGUGUAGCAUUAGCCGAAUAUGCAGAUUACUACGAUUACAGUUCCAGUUAUCCAGAUCACCAAGAAGGCAUGAAUGUCGAUGAGGAAGUGGUGCCCGAUCUGCUUGAUGGCGAUGAAUAUCAAUUGGUUUUACCCUCCGGCGCUGUCAUCGGACAUCGCUCACUGUUGCGCUACUACAAACAGCGACUCAAUCCAAGUCACGCGCUUGUGCCGAAGAAAUCGGAUCGUCGCCUGCAUAAGGUGCUUAGCGAAUAUCGCGCUUUGGGCUGGAGUAAUAUGCAACAGCAAGCGGCUGCGCGUAAAGCGCGCGACUUACACGUCAUGAAGCGCGUACAAGCGAAAUGGCAAAUGAAACUUGGCUGCAAAGCCAACAAAUUUCAGAAGCAUUAUCGCGCGCAAGUCAUGUUCUAAACUGUUGGGAAGCCUUCUUAAAACUUGCUGGUUAUGCUUUUAAGUGCUUUUAUGUUAAAACUGUAAUUUUCAAGUGAAGAAAUUUAGCAUAAAACAAUUUGAUUUUGAUUGUGGUAGCUAAAAGUUAUGCGCCAAAACUCUAAAGCCACUUUUAUACCUAUACUCGUAAAUACAUACCUAUGUAUAUAUAUGUGUACAACAAUGUCUUUUAGCAUAUAACAUAGCUCAAAGUAGUAAAUAAAUGACGUUGCGGCGGUUGUGCUAAAACAA